AUGAAAGUGGGUGACCCAAAUCACCCUAGAAUCUUAUCAAUUAUGUGGACGGAAUGUUCUUUUUUAAAUUCAAUGAAUUUAUAUUUGGUCGUAGUAGGAAUGACUGGGUUAUUUCUGAACAUUUUCCCGUGGAUUGUUUGCUAUUCCAAGCUUCGUGCUCUGAGCCACCGAAGUAGUAGAAAGGUGCUGUUAAUAUCUCUUGUUUUGGUUGACUUUUUGACUGUCUGUGUUCCUCUACCAGUUUAUCUAUCAAAACACUACAACUGUCCAGGAAAUCAGAGGACAAGCUUCGUCGGAAGGCCAACGAUUUGCGAGAUGUUUCAUCUGAUGUUCGUGUGGCUCAAACUUGCUGCACUUUUUAUCAUAACAACGUUGAACUACACUUCAUACCUCGCUAUAACCGCGAGAGGAAUUUAUCGCAGCAUCGGAGACAGAAUUUCUUCGUCUUUAGCGUGCUCUAAAUACGAGCUGAGACAUCAAGAAAAGACGCACUCGACAAUGGUCAUAGCCAAUUUAGUGAUUGGAAUAGCUAUCGUAGCCUUUUUGAUCGCUUCUUUACCAUACAUUGGCCUUGGUCCAGAGAGCCUUUCACCACAAUCUACCCUAUUAUAUCAACAAAACUCUACGACAACUUUGUUUCAGUGUUCCUUGGAUCAAAUAAGCUACCCGCAAAAGAGCAAAGAAUACACGUUCCUGUUUGCGGUUCUUAUGAGCAGUGCCGCUUGCUUCUUGCUCCACCUUGUUCACAGUGUCCUGAGCUGCUUUAGUUGUCCGAGUUAUUCAGUGGCAAAAACGGGCGCAUCGAGAACUUUUGCCAUUUACAACCGAAAGCUCGGAGCGGAAAGAGACUUUGCCAAACUUAUCUGCGUGUUGGGCCUGACCUUUCAUUUAACGUGGAUUCCGGUUAUGGUAACAGGGGCGGAUCUAGGGGGAGGGUGCAGGGGGUGCGCACCCCCCUCCCCCGAGAUGACCUGCGGUUUUCUAAUACAACUGGUAUUCUGCCAAACUAUGUGGUUUAUUGGUGUUGAAGUAGAGCAAGAGAAGAGUCCACCCCCUCCUAAAAAAAAUCCUGGAUCCGCCCCUGGGUAAGUGAAUAAAUCUUGCUUGUGCAUUUGAGGCGUAUUUUGGUCUAAAUUCUGUAAAGAAUGAAAUUUGAGAAAGAAGAUUUUAAUUCAUUUAAGGCAAUAAUCAAAAGCUUAGAAAGGCCCGAAAUCAUUUCAUCUUCCACGAAAUCGUUCAACCCACCUAUACUGCCGUGACUAAAAGAUCAUUGACUUAAACUUAGCCAGCUGACAUAGAGGUUAUAUACUAAAGACAUUGACAAGCCUAUAAUAACCAAAUGUAACGCAUAGUUAGUUAGGCUAUCUUUCAUUAUUUUGUAUGGUUGCUGUCAGUGGUAUUGUGAACUCGUCAUUUGACCCCACACAAGAUUUGACUAAAGCUCUAUUCUAUUCUUCAGUUCAAGUACAUUUCAAUAUAACAGGAGCUAUUAACAAUACAGGCGUAUGAUGUUUUAGUACUAAUCAUCCGGCUCCGAACUUCUUGCAAAAUAUAUAUCAAGAAAAGCGUCUUCGAGUCCGUACGUUUCUGCUAAAGACCACAAACUGGGAGUUCUUAAGGAGCAGACAACACUUAUAUAUAUAUAAUCCGCUUCUCUUUAGGCAUUAUGGGUAAUCAGAAGGAGCGUAGAUUUUGCAUUUCUGAACGCUUUCACUGUUAACAGUGGCCAGAGGGAGAAAUUUCCCCAAAUUCCAAAAUUCUUUUUGUAAACAUAUCCUAAGGAAUGAAAAUCACCAUGCAAAGGUCUACUAAAGGGGUUUCAUUUGAAUGAUCCUGAACACCAUAGUAUUUCGUCCACAGACUCUUGAAAAAGUUAGAACUAAAUAUCAAUUAAAUAGUACCAUGAAAAGGUUUCAUUUGAAUUGUCACACCAUGGGAUUUCAUCCACAGACUCAAAAGUUGGAACUACAUACUAAAUAAAUAGUACCAUGUGAAAGUAUUGCUGAAGAGGUUUUAUUUGAAUGGUAACACCAUAGGAUUUCAUCCACAGACUCAAAAGUUGGAACUACAUACUAAAUAAAUAGUACCAUGUGAAAGUACUGCUGAAGAGGUUUCAUUUGAACUGUCACACCAUGGGAUUUCAUCCACAGACUCAAAAGUUGGACCCUCAUACUAAAUAAAUUCUGACCAUGUGAAACUACUGCUGAAGAGGUUUCAUUUGAAUGGACACAUCAUACAAUUUUGUCCACUGAUUUUUAAAAGUUAGAAAACGGUUCUUAACGUUUUUAACGUUUUUUUGAAGGCCAAAAAUAUUGACCUCUCCAGAAAAUACCAUAACAUACCAUAAUGCUCUUUGUUUGUCACCCAAAAAUUUUGCAUAAGCAUUGUUUUCAGUUUCUCUUAACUCCCAAGAGAAACUGAAGACAAAGCUUAUGCAAAAUUUCGGGGUAUUCCUGGAGUGGUCAAUUUGUAAAUAAGAGACAAGCUUUGCCACCUUAUGGGAUUGGAAAUUGUAUGCCAGUCUGUGCUUGGGUCCUUAGACGACCUUAGACAUCUUUUGGUACUACUUCUACUAAACUUAUUUUCCAUUUGAGAUCAUUCAAAACUAAUAUAAGGGGCAAAAAGCAUUUAAUCGGCAUAAAAAUAAUUCUGAAAAAAGUGUUAUUUAUAUCUUGAGGAAUUGGAAAGGUAGCAUUCAGCUGCUAAAAAGCUCUUUAAUCCUGUUAAUGAAAUCUCCAGCGUUAAGUUUUAAAUAGUCACUGCGGAUCACUGAGUCAUUGUUAGUUUUCACCAAGUGGACGUACCCGGGGUGAGGGGAGUGUGAAGGUUGUUAAAAUUUAUCAAAUUGAUUUAGUACUUAGGAACUGCCACCAAAUUGAGUGAAACAUGAAAAUAACUGCUCAGAACGAUAAAAGGUAUAAAUAAAGGUAUGGAUGGACAAAUGUGAAGAAGAUUGAGGAGGAUUGCAAUUAUGGUUUUUGAAAACCAGUUAGCGUAACAGUGUUUCAAUGUUCAUUUUUGUUGAAAAAUUGCCUGGGAGACACAUUUGUUUGCACGAAACUGUUAUCUUGACAUUCACAAGUAAUUUCUUAACUUUUUUUAUUAUAGAAUAAGGACGUGUAAUUGGCAUUAUUAGCUAAAUGAACUGGACAUAAGUGACACUUACAACCCCUUCUACAUUCCAGACUAACUAUGAACCAUAAUCUCCGUUUUGUCACACCACAAAUGAAAUUCUUAUAAACGAUAGCCGAUCUUGACCAAAAUCUAAGACUAGGGCCCGCGCAUCAAAUGUUAAACUUUACACGCUAAUGAGUGUGAAAGAUAGAUUUUGCUCGAUGGCAUUAGGUUCAGUCAGAUGUGAAUUUCGAUUUUUUCCCGGUUUCCUAAUCUGUUUGAAAUCCUUUCCUUGACUACGACACAAUAUUUAUACAUUGCGCCCCCCGCCCCCCCCAAAAAAAGAGGAGAGGAGAGGGGGAGAGGGGCUGUGCCGUGAAUUGGUUCUAAUUGAUGUCCUGACUAAAGUCAGUCAAAGGCGCCUUCAGUCAAAAUCUCUAAGUUAAAGUUAUUGUGACCAUGCCUUGGUUCUUUUUAUUUCAGGUGGCAGUUAGUUGCAUCAUGUCUGGAUACAAUAUCAGUACGGAAUUCUCCCAGUAUGUCAUCGCAGCGGCGUUUUUACCACCGACUAUAAACCCAAUGCUCUUUGGUACGUUUCUGUCGGAUUUCAGAGACGGUUACAAGGCUUUGUUGAAGCUCAUACCAGACAAGGUCACUAAGAUUUUUAAAGGUUUGUUU